UAGAAUUUACAAGAAAAGCCCUAAAUUCAUUUUUCGUUUUUCUUUCUGUAGCUCUGAGGUGACAAUGAACAUGUAGGGCUUUUCUUGUAAAUUCUAUAACUUUGCAAAGAAAGAUCGUGUAGAGCUGGAAGAUGUCUCGUUUUAAUCAGAAAUUUAUGGACUACAAUUACGUCUCAUUAAGAAAGCUUUUGGUUGUUCUUUAGAGUUUCUCAAAAACUGGUUUUCCAGAAAAUCGAUCUUUGAAGGCCUAGCAGCAGCAUUCAUGGUGAUAUUCGGAAUCAGCAUCGUCGACUACCUAUAGUCCACUCGGUUUCGUUGAAAAAGCGAUUUAUCAGUUGCGGUACUUCCCUCGUGAGUUCAACACUAACCCUUUAUCCUAUAUAUUCAGGUUUAAACAGCAAUGCACCAUGGUAUAAUCUAAAAAUAAUUUUAAAUAUCACGUGUAUGAAAAAUGCUGAUAUAAAACAAAUUAUGAUCCAUCACCAAAAAGACUCACUUAAUUUUCAUCACAUAUCACUCGUAGUAGGUAGAAUACAUAUUUCUUUAGUAACAUACUAAAAAGUUAAAAAUAUUUGUCUUUCAAUAGACUCCUUACAUGCGAAAUGACGAAUUAGUACACGCAUUUAUCGAGAUAACUGCUUUGACAGAAUCAGUGAAUGACCAAUAUUAUUUGUCACCUUAUCUGAUAAGUAGUAUGGAGUCGAAAUCAAAUGGUAAAAAUCCUAUACAUGUGCCAAUUAUUGGAAACAAACUUGAAUACAAUAUUCAAAAAUUAUCAGUUAAAUAUAACAAAGAAUUGGUAAAAAAUUGUGAAAAUUUAGAACCAUUCAAAAUUGAUGAAGAAAAUGUUAAUGAAGAAAAUAAAGAGCACAUUGACGAUUCUAGAAUUGAAUUUAUUCAAAACGUUCGACUUCAUCAACGAGAGCAGUAUAUAUCAGAGCUGAAGUCUAAAACUGAACGUCAUUAUCUCACAUUGACUCAAGCCUUAAAACUAAACAAUUCAGGACUGGCUAGUCAUCCAGUUAUUCGGAUUCCACAAAAAUAUCGAACGCUGAUUAAUCAAGAAGAGUGUGUGAUGUUAUAUGUGGGUGUUAUGGUGAAAGUGAACGAAAAAUUAUAUUUUCAUCCAAAAAAAGGGUUCACUGACGAUUCUGUCGAGGAUGAAAUACAAAUUGUUAAUCCAACAAAAAUCUUACUAACGAAAGAAAAUGUUUCAGACGAUACUUUCGAGUUAAAAUUAGCAGUUGUCAACUUACGCACAUCGAACAAAAUAAAAAAAUCAUUUUCAUCACUAAACAAAAUCUUUAGUCAUACAGUAGUCCAUAAAUAUAAUCUCGACAAUAAUUUUCAUGAGGAAUUUAAUGUUUUUAAAUCUAACGAAUCGAUUUCAAAAGACGAUCGUCGUGAUUAUUAUUUCUUAUGUAUUAUUGGUUACAAGAACAAGAUUGACUGGAAAACGCAAUGUUUAUCGAGCAAAAUGACUAAAACUGUAAAAGAAAAUGAAAAUCAAUUAUUUCAGAUAUAUCAGUUGGACAAAUUACAUUUAGCAUUUACAUUGUGUACCAGACAGACCAACAACAAUUCAAAUUACCGCCGACAUACAGAAACAACCGUGAUCUCAGAUCAAAUCAUUUACCAAGGCCUGUUAGCGGAUAAGAAAAUUCUGAAUCCUGUUCAGAUAUUAAUACAACCGGCAACUAUUCAACGUCCAAGAACAUAUAUGGAGCAGCUCAAACAACCACGUUAUAUUCAAGGUUCCAAUGAGAAUUCAAGACCAACGACAGAAAUUGAUCAACAUUGGCUUCAGUUAUACAUGGAAAUUAAGCUUGUGAAAGGUGAUAAAGCAGAACAAAAUUUCUAUAAACUAAAUCCAGCACGUUCGGACGAAAGAAACAAAUUGGUCAUAUCCGAUCAAAACACUGGCUCUUUGUUAUUCAAGAUAACGGAAGAAGAUGUUCAUAGGAAAUCAAAAUCAUACAAACUAGCAAGAAUUCUACAAGUGAAAAAAACUUCAAAUCAAUUGGACGAGUUACGACUGUGUUUUACGCUUAAAAACAAAAUUGCUGUUGAUUUAUACGAAUCGAUCAGUAUAUCAGCUUAUUCUGAUAUCAUGAGAGACAGUUAUGGGCAGUUAAAACUGAAAUCUCUUUCGCCCGAAUAUGGAUGCUGUUAUGGUGGUCAAUGGAUGAAAAUUGAAUUUACCAAUGGUCGCGUUAGAAAAAAUGCGUUGAGGAUUGUCUUCCAGCAAAAUGAUGAAUGGACACAAGAAGUAAAAAAAUUCAGGUCAAUCAAAAGUGGUAUUGGUGUAGAAUUUGAGCUACCUCAAUAUAAAAUUGUACCGUUAACAGAAAAAGCUCAACUCGAGAUAGUCAUUUCACGACUCAAUGAACAAGAUAUUCAUCACACAUUUAUGUACCUACCUCAUGAGGGUAUGAAAGAGAAGUUAGACAGCUUGUCAACUCGUUUCUAUCAUUUACCUAAAAUUUCUAUUUUUGAUAGACGUAUCAGCAGUGGAUCCCAAUCAUAA